AUGGAGGAUUUAUUCUUUAACUACGAUGACGACACUAACGACAACUUACCUGCUAACGACGACAGUGACCAACUAACAGAUAACAACGAUAUUAACAUGUCCCAGCCAGAAGAGGGGCCUGCGCAGCCCCGUUACAAUUUGUGA